UAAAAGUGCAUGAAAUAUUGUUUAGGUUUUUUUAUUUUAUUUUAUGAGCGAAAGCCAUCAUAUGGGAAUUGUGUUAAACAACAUUAUUUGUGAUUAAUAAGUGAUAUAUGUAUGUAUGUGAAAGAUUUACGAAAAAACGUAAAACGCUUUAGCGAAAAUGUUAAAGACAUUAUUUCGAAAUUCAAUAUUUGUAAAGGAAUAAGCCUAAAUAUAUAAAUACAACUGAAACUAAAUGUGUUUAAAAACUUGCAAAGGCGAAAUAGUGGCGUUGGAGUGUGUUACAUGUGUAAAAGGUUCACACUAAAAAUGGUUUAUUCAAGAACGUUUAUGAGAAAAAUUAUGAUAUGAAGGAACAUAUAAAUGAUGAGACGGAAAUCAAAAUAAAUAGUUAUAUUAAGCAAAUAAAUAUAAUUCAUAAAAGACAACCUACAACCUACAACUCUUGGGAGACUAAUAUGGCAAACACAAUUUCCAUUAUGUCCAAUGCCAUACGCAAUGCAGUGAGCAAGAAACGUAUACGUUAUAAGGAGAAAGGAUAUGAUUUGGAUCUGACCUAUAUUUGCUCUAAUAUUAUCGCAAUGGGAUAUCCCGCCCCGGAUAAAAUCGAAGGCAUUUACAGAAAUCGAUUGGACGACGUGUUAAAGUUUUUAGAUGAGAAUCACGGUGAUCAUUACAAAAUAUAUAAUUUGUGUCUAGAACGCAGCUACGACAGCAGUAAAUUUCAUGGGAGAGUUGCAAUUUAUCCGUUUGAAGACCAUAACCCUCCCACAAUUGAGUUAAUACAACGUUUUUGUCAUGAUGUUGAGUCUUGGCUUAAUGCCGACCUGUUAAAUGUCGUGGCCGUGCAUUGCAAAGCUGGAAAAGGAAGAACCGGUACCAUGAUAUGCGCAUAUUUGGUUCAUUGUCGAUUCAAGAGAACAGCAGAUGAAGCACUGGCUUGGUAUGAUGAAAAGCGUACGAAAGAUCGAAAAGGGGUUACAAUUCCAUCUCAACGUAGAUAUGUUCAGUAUUAUUCAAAUUUAAUCCCAGAUGUUCGGUACAAAGUUAUAAGUCUUUACGUCUGUGAAAUUCGAUUUGCUGAGGCAAGCUUCUUAAAUAAUCUUGGCACAGUGCAAUGCUCGAUUUCUGAUAUGCAGGACUCUGCAGCAGAAAAGACUAAAGCGCAACGACUGAAAACGUGGAAAAUAGAUUUCCAGAAAUCUUCAAUAUUGGAUAUUAGUAACUCACCAUUAACAGUUUCUGGUGAUAUUAAAGUUGAACUUGCACAAAAGUCAUCAAAGAAGAUAAUUUGCCAUUUUUGGUUAAAUACAUUCUUUGUGUAUGGUAAUGCUGAUUGCGAAAACGAUGGAAAAUUUAUGUACACUUUAAAUAAGUCCGAAAUUGAUGGUGCACAUAAAGAUAAAGAUCACAAGUCGUUUUCCGAGGAUUUUAAGAUCUCUAUUGUAUUUGAAAAAGAAAAACGUUCCGACUGUAUACACACUGAACCCUCAGUAAAAAAUAAAUGGAGCAAUAAACGAAACUCGGAUAAUUUUCCUGGUGACAAUGAUAGGAAUCUUAACAGUGAGGGCUCUGAUUUAAACUCUCCGUCCUCAAGUAGUUUUUUUGAACGUAAUGGUCCAUUUCACACCAGUGAUGAAAGAAGUGCAACUAAAUCUCAUCAAUUGGAACAAAAUGGAAAAAUUACUAAAAAUCAAUGUGAAAAAUCAACCAUCUCAAAAACUUCUGCGAUGCCAUCGAAACGCAAACAGUCUUCAUUAAAAUCCUCCUCAUUAAGCGCUAAUAAUACCUCAUCAAGCAAGGACAUCAAAAAGCAGCAUAUUUUAAACCAACCGUCCGUUACACAAUCGGGUUCAAUAGAGUGGCAAAAUGAUUCAAGUAUAAUGUAUGAGAACUCAUCAGAUAGUCAACGCAUAUUCGAUCGUUGCAAUAUUCCUAAGCCUAUUGCUGGAUCUGAUAAGAUCUUCGAACAAGAGUCAUACAUUAAUUGUAAGCGAAUGCCUCCAGAUUUUAACCAGGGUAGUGAAGAAGGCAAUGAAGAUUGGGAAUCCGAUGAUUCAGAAUACCUCUAAAGAUGUGGAAAAAAUCUACUAUAGAUGGCGAUCUACAGCAAAUUAAUUUAUAGUUGUCGAAAUUUGUAAAUACAAUUAUAUAGAAUUAAUAAGACUUAAUUAAGUACGUUUAAAAAUUGUAAAGAAUAUUUCUAUAUUAAUGUGAACUGCCUGUUGCUUAGUUGAAAAUGGUCAUUUCAAAUUAUGUUCAGAUCCAGCGAAAACGGAGGCCUGUUUUCAAAAGAUGUCACGUCUUAAUCGCAUUGCCGAAAGUUGACAACAGUCGUAGAAAUUUUAAGGACCCAGGAUCUUAGAAUAUCCGAAAAUUUCCUUUGAAACAACUCUUUAUCUUGACGAAUCUCCACACUUACACAGUUUUUAAAGCUGUAAAUUUCGAAAUAACGAAUAAAAAUAAUAUUUUUAAAUUGU